UGACGUGCUAGAGUCUAUUAAUCAUUCACCAGCACCAGAGCCUCUCCAAUUAAUCUUCUGUAGUUUGGUUCUUCAGGCAGCCUUCUUUCCUCUCCUCAACCUAUUCUGCUGCCUAGAAUCCCAGAAAAUCAGACUGCAACGCGCGAACAAGACCUCGGCAAUGAGCCCCGCCGCCAGCCCGAGGCUAAACUGCAUUUCGAGCUCCAGUCUCUCUCACCUUGAGUUACAACGGUAACCUGAAGGAGGUGAAGAAACAAUCUGGAAAGUGGAAGCUCCCAAAAGCAACGGGACCGACUGCUGGGGCAUUAGGGGAGGACCAUUAGGGAUUAGGAAGAGAGCUUCUCAGGCCGCCCCUGCUGCCCAAGCCGAAAUGUUUCCCAAUGAUACUGCCUCGUUUCCUUCCUCUUCCUCUAGCAGCAGCCCCAGCAUUAGCCGCGUCCCCGGCCCAGGGUCCAUAGUUCCUGAGGGCACAGAGGAGCCAGGGCGCAACGUUAAUCAGAAUGGAACCUUGAGCCAGGGGCAAGGGAGCGCCAUCCUCAUAUCCUUUAUCUAUUCCGUGGUUUGUCUCGUAGGGCUCUGCGGCAACUCUAUGGUUAUUUACGUGAUCCUGCGCUAUGCCAAAAUGAAGACGGCCACCAACAUCUACAUCCUUAACCUGGCCAUCGCAGACGAGAUGCUUAUGUUGAGCGUCCCCUUCCUAGUCACAUCCACGCUGCUGCACCAUUGGCCCUUUGGAGCGCUGCUCUGCCGACUGGUGCUCAGUGUGGACGCAGUCAACAUGUUCACUAGUAUUUACUGUUUAACUGUGCUCAGUGUGGAUCGCUAUGUGGCGGUGGUGCACCCCAUCAAGGCGGCUCGCUACCGUCGUCCCACCGUGGCCAAGGUGGUGAACCUGGGAGUGUGGGUCCUCUCGUUAGUGAUCAUCCUACCUAUCAUUGUUUUCUCGCGAACUGCUGCCAAUAACGACGGGACGGUGGCCUGCAAUGUGCUUAUGCCAGAGCCAGCUCAGAGCUGGCUUGUAGGUUUCGUCCUGUAUACUUUUCUCAUGGGCUUUCUCCUCCCAGUUGGCGCCAUCUGUCUGUGUUAUGUGCUCAUCAUAGCUAAGAUACGCAUGGUAGCACUAAAAGCCGGCUGGCAACAACGCAAGCGCUCAGAGCGCAAAAUAACCUUAAUGGUGAUGAUGGUGGUGAUGGUCUUUGUCAUCUGCUGGAUGCCCUUCUAUGUGGUGCAACUUGUUAAUGUCUUUGCUGAACAGGACGAUGCCACUGUGAGCCAGCUCUCAGUCAUCCUGGGCUAUGCUAACAGCUGUGCCAACCCUAUCCUCUACGGCUUCCUCUCAGACAACUUCAAACGCUCCUUCCAGCGCAUUCUCUGCCUUAGCUGGAUGGAAAACACAGAAGAACCACUUGACUACUAUGCCACCGAUCUCAAAAGUCGGGGUUACAGCUUGGAGGACUACCAACUAGAUAAUGUGGAGUCCAGAGGCGUUUAUGGCAACGGAACUUGCACCUCCAGGAUUAGCACCCUUUGAAGGACUGUUGGGGGAGCGAGGGGAAUUGAGUGCAGGGGUGAGGGAAGUGCUGUUCAAAUGGUCAGAAGGGGAUACCACAAAACUAGGGUAAUUUAAUGAAUGAUAUUGUGGAAUGCAGGUUGAAUUGGAGGGGAGGUGGGAUAUACCAGAAAGCUAUUCAAGGGAAGCAAAAUAUGGAGCAGAAAAGAGCAGGGGCAAUGAAACCAAAUUGAUGAUCAGGAUUGCAUGCUUUGCUUUCCUCAAUCUUUUUCCUUUCAAGAGUGUCCCUAUCCCUACCAUCCUUCUCCCCACCUUUUUAUCUCCUCUCAAAAUUUCUGUCCAGCUGGUUCUGUCAGCUUCUAGCUGGUGAUUUGUUGUUGUUACCUUAUUCAACCUCAGAGUGGAUUUGUGAUCUCUCCUUUCAGUUACUCCACUUUUUUUUGUUCAAAGAAGAGGAGCUGGCAAAUUCCAUUUUAAUAUCAUCAGUUUCUCUUUGUAUUUUUCCUUCAUCUCAUGAUCCUGCCCUCCUCCAAAUUCCAGACUCACCUGGACAGGAACAGGUAGCUGGGCCUGGGACUCUCAUCCUCUGCUGCCAGAUCCCAAACACUAGUUUCUUAAAUUGGAGAAGAGACACUCUUCUAUUCCUCCUUUUAUUUUAUAUAGGAACUCCAUAGAAAGAUACUGGAAUAGUAGGGGAUCUUACCAAAAUUAUAAAUAAAAAUCCUAAACAAAAGAAGAAAACUUUCCUGGGAGAAUAUUGGGAGAAAUUGUCCCACUCUCAGUUUUGCAUUUAUCUUCUUCCUCACCCAAAGAGAGCUAGGUGCUUAGAAUAAUGGGAAUCUACUUAGGACAUACAGUACUAACAUUACUUUAGUCAUCUGGAACCUAAAAUCCCAUGGUUGUGGUAAUUCCCUCCUUUUUUUUCUACUUAUCACAUCCAUAGGACUCGU